GAAAAUCUCAGCCUGGGUGCACUUAGACCAAUCUGAAAUUGGAUAGAAACCAUGUAUCUCACAAUAAACACAAUCCUAAUUCUUGUAUUCUACGCUUCCAGUUCGACUUCAGCCCAGCUCACAAAGCGGAGUCAUUUCGAAGAAGAAGUGGCGGCGGAUUAUGACAUAGGGAGAGCCUAUGAGGACUCAGAGUUGGCGGAUCGGGCCUCCGAAGCAGCACACCAGAACUGUGAAGUAGUCGCGGUACAGGCAGCCCCUCAGAUGAGAACGUACCCUCGUAGAGAGGUCGACUGGGACAAAUUUCAGAGGAUCAUAUACUCGCCAACGCACAGUCUCUUUUGAGACGGUAGACAUGACUAAAAACCCCGGUCAAGUCUCUCCGAAGGAAAAGCUGAGGAACGAGAGGUGGUACAGGAGGAGGCUUAAGGCGAUACAAGACUCAACGAUCAAGCCAUUCACUCGUUCGAUCGAAAGGAUCAAGGGAUUGUUGAGCAAAAAGGUCCGGUUGAAGAGUGACCUGGACUCUUGUAGGAUCUGCUUUGAGGAGUACAAAUACGAUGAGCCCGGCACCUUACUGCUGGUUUUUCCUGGCUGUGGCGAGGUUUUCCACGAGAGUUGUCUGACUCGCUGGCUCGAUGAAAGCCCCUGCAUCGAGAGCGUGUUCAGACAUACCCUUGCAUGUCCAACUUGUCGCAGACAGGCUCCAACAAAGCAUGGUCUCCGAUUCUUUGGCGCUCUAACCUCUUAUCACCGCAAUGGAAUUCUUUUGAUCAAUCUUCACAUUGCUUUGUUUCUACUCGUCUUGUUCUUGAUGCGCGAAGCAAUUAUAAGAAACUCUAGUCAGUAAUAUUGAUUUUUCGAUGCAAAUUUUGAAGCACCUCAUCCCCAAC